AUGUUGAGUACCGUUGCUAGAAAGAGAAUUCUCAACAGACGCAGUCCCGCUGUGCUGGUACAGGCUUUCAAAAGAACUAAUGUGUCUAGUGCCAGUUCGCUACAAAAUAAUUUGAUUGAAGAAUUGAAACAUAUUUCAUUAGGAUCUAAAACUCCAGGUAGAAUUAAUGUCAAAUCUGAUGAAGAGGUCCAUGCUAAUAAAUGGUCAACCCCAUACGAUGGUGUUUUCCGUCAAUCCCAUUCUAAAGAAGUCAUGCGACUAUGGUCUUUAUUAGAUGUCUGUCUUGAUUCAUCACAAUUUGAAAGAGCAGAAUCCAUUUUAACUACAUUACACCCUUUAUCAAUCGAGGAUAAUUUCUCCUUUGUUGAUGAUUUCAAUAAAUAUUUGAAUAAGUUUGCUCCAUUAGCUUCACCAACAGAGAUUGAAGCCGUUGUGGCAAAUUGGAGAUCUAGUGGGAAAUUACAAACAAAUGCUAGAACUGAUGCAAUCAUAAUAAAUGCUUUAAUGACCAAAAAUAAUCCUUAUGAAAAAUACUUAUUACCAUAUUUAUCUGGAAGAGCUGACUUUAGAAGUUUACUUAGAAAUGUUGAUGUAUUUGGUUUACAAAAUUUGAAACUUAUAGUGGAACAAAAUAAUUUAGAUAUAAAAUUCGUUCCAGCAGCUUAUAGAGAUUUGAUCACCAUUGAUAAUAAUGUCGAAGAUACCAAUGAAGUAACACACGAAACAAAUAUAUCAUCAUCAUCAUCACCAACAACAACUUCAACUACAACUACCACCACCUCUCCAUUAUUAGAACCACUAAUGGGAUCUGCAGAUUAUGAACCAGCAGUUUUAAACAAACAAAAUGCUGAAGAAUUAAAAUCAGUUGAUACUUUCGGUAUGAAAGUUAUUAGACAUACAUUGCUAUCGUUAGAACCAGAUUUAAAUUCUAAGCUAUUAGAAAAAUUUAAUGAAAAAUUAGAAGAAAAACUUGAAUUUUUCACAAAUGAUAGUGAAACCCAGGCAAAUUUUUUUGAAGUUUAUAAAAGUUUACCAUUGGAUAAAAGAGAUCUUUUUGAAGAAGCAUUAAAUGAAUUCAAUGUCGAAAGACAAACAGCAUUAGAAAAUAAAUCAAUUGAAGCAGCACAAGAAAAAUGGAAACAUGAAUAUGAAGAAAUUAAAAAAAGAGGUGAUUUAGGAAUGUCAAAAAGUUUGAAUGCAAGAUUAUGGGGUUGGUUUGAACAAAUGAUGCCAUUGGUUCGUGAUGAAAUUGAACGUUGUAAAAAUGUUGAUGAUAUUCAAAUUAAAACUUUAAAAAAUGAAGCUUUUGCACAACAUAGUGAAAGAAAGAAAUAUGCUCCAUAUUUAAGAUUAUUAGAUCCAAAGAAAGUCACUGUCAUUACUAUUUUAGAAAUGUUGAAAAAUAAUUCAACUGGUGGUAUUAGUGAAGGUAUGAGAACUGCAAGAGCUGUUUUAUCAGUUUCUAAAGCCUUGGAAUUAGAAUUUAGAUCAGAACAAAUUUUAAAUACAGAAAAAAAUUUCGUUAAAAAUUUUGAUAAUUCUAAAUUAUCAAAUCCAAAAAAUUUAAAAAAAUAUUCAAUGUCAUUAUCUAAUUUUAAAAAUGAUGUUAUUUCUGAUAUGAAAGUAUAUUGGCCACAAGAUAUUAAAGUUAAAAUUGGUUCAGUUUUAAUUUCAAUCUUAAUGCAUGUUGCUAAAGUUGAAGUUAGUGGUGUUGAUCCAUCAACAAAACAAUUAGUUAGAGGUGAAGCUCCAGCCUUUUAUCAUAGUUUCCAAUAUCAUAACGGUGCCAAGAUUGGUAUAUUAAAAAUUCAUAAAGUUUUAAGUUCUCAAUUAUCAGCUGAUAAAUUAGUUGGUGCUGUUCAACCACAAUCUUUACCAAUGUUAAUUCAACCACGUCCAUGGACCUCAUGGAAUAAUGGUGCAUAUUAUUAUUCACAAAAUCAAAUUAUUAGAUUAAGAGAUUCUCCAGAACAACUAGCAUAUAUUAAAGCAUCAUCAGAUAAAUUAGAUAAAGUUUAUGAUGGGUUAAAUGUUUUAGGUAAUACUGCAUGGACUGUUAAUGAACGCGUUUUUAAAGUUAUGAGUAAAAUUUGGAAUACAGGUGAUGAAUUCUUGGAUAUUCCAAAAGCUCAUGAAUCACUUGAAUUACCUGAAGUUCCACCAAGAAGUUCUGAUCCAAGUGUUUUAAAUGAAUGGAAAAUUAAAGUUAAAGCUUUACAAGAUAAAUAUGCAACUGAUAGAUCAACAAGAUGUGAUGCAAAUUAUAAAUUAGAAAUUGCAAGAGCUUUCCUUGGUGAAAAAUUUUAUUUCCCACAUAAUUUAGAUUUUAGAGGUCGUGCUUAUCCAAUCAGUCCAAAUUUUAAUCAUAUGGGUAGUGAUUUAUCAAGAGGUUUAUUAUUAUUCUGGAAAGGUAAAGAAAUUGGUGAAGAAGGUUUAAGAUGGUUAAAAAUUCAUUUAGCUAAUUUAUUCGGUAUUGAUAAAGCUCCAUUAAAUGAACGUGAAGCGUUUGUUAAUGAUAAUAUUGAAUUAGUUAAAAGAGCUGCAGAAGAUCCAAUGGCAAAUCAAGAAUGGUGGACAAAAGCUGAUAAACCAUGGCAAGCAUUAGCUACAAUUAUUGAUUUAGCAGAUGCUUUAAAAUUACCAGAUCCAACUAAACAUAUUUCUCAUCAACCAGUUCAUCAAGAUGGUACAUGUAAUGGGUUACAACAUUAUGCCGCAUUAGGUGGUGAUGUUGAAGGUGCUACUCAAGUUAAUUUAGCUCCAUCAGAUAAACCACAAGAUGUCUAUACACAUGUUGCGAAAUUAGUUCGUGCUAAAUUAGAAGAAGCUGCAGCAAAUGGUGAUGAAAAUGCUAGAAUGUUGAAAGAUAAUAUUAAAAGAAAAGUUGUUAAACAAACAGUUAUGACAAAUGUUUAUGGUGUUACACAAGUUGGUGCAACAAAUCAAAUUCAUAAACAAUUACAAAAUGUUUUCUCAGAAGAUCAAAGUUAUAAAUUAAGUGUUUAUUUAACAAAAGUCGUCUUUGCAAGUAUGAGAGAAUUAUUUGAAGGUGCUCAUUUAAUUCAAGAUUGGUUAGCAAUUUGUGCAAAAAUGAUUUCAAAAUCUGUUAGAAUUGAUAUUGAUUCAUAUGAAGAAAUGGGACCAAAGAAGAAACCAUCAUUUAUGGCUAGUGUUAUUUGGACAACACCAUUAGAUUUACCAAUUGUUCAACCAUAUCGUGCUAUAGUUAAAAAACAAAUUCAAACUAAUUUACAAACUGUUUUCAUUCAAGAUCCUUAUGAAUUACAUCAAGUUGAUGCAAGAAAACAAAUGGCUGCAUUCCCUCCAAAUUUCAUUCAUUCAUUAGAUGCUUCACAUAUGUUAUUAAGUGCAAGUUCAUGUAGUAAGAAAGGAUUAGAAUUUGCAGCAGUUCAUGAUUCAUAUUGGACACAUGCAUGUGAUGUUGGAGAAAUGAGUGAAAGUUUAAGAGAAACAUUCAUUGAAUUACAUCAAGUUGAUCUUAUUGCAAGAUUAAAAGAUGAAUUUGAUGAACGUUAUAAAGGAUUUUUACAAUUAAUUGAAAUUCCUUAUAAAAGUGAAGUUGGUAAAAAAAUUUUAGCAAUGAGAAAAGAAUUAACUUCACAAUUAGGUAGACCAGUUACAUUAGGUGAUGAAGUUUAUUUAGAAAGACAAAGACAAUUAUUAUUAAAUAGUGGUGAUGAAAAUAAAAUAGCUAAAGGUGAAUCUAUGGUUACAACAGUUAGUUUAUUAGAAAAUGAAGAUUUAAAAGAUUUAACAUCUGCCCAAGCUAUGAAAUCAAUGAAGAAUUCUUUAGCUGAAGAACUUGAAGAAAGUCUUGAAAAUACAAAUGAAUAUGAAGAAGAAGAAGAAUUAAAAAAACCAGUUAAAAAAUCAGCACAAAAAUUAAAAGUUUUCGCACCAUUAAGAUUACCAGAUAUCCCACCAAAAGGUGAUUUUGAUGUUAAUGAUUUAAGAAAUUCCAAAUAUUUCUUUUCAUGA